AGAAAAAAACACUAGUCCAUCUCUUUCUUCCCGUUCUCCUGUCAUCAUCCUAUGAGCGGAGCUCGUGAACACGGCGGCAACCACCUUUCCGAUGCCUCUAUCGACCACCAUGAUCCUCAGCUCCUCUACCCUCUCGCACCACACUCGCCAAUUCCUCUUCCCCUCACACUCCAUUCAGAUUCUGCGGAAACUCCAAUCGCCCUUCAGUCUUCCUUCAAAUUCACCAAAUUGCCGCGUUCUGAUCGUUCGGAACUCCGGCGACAUCACUGCCAAGCCUUCUCCGGAGUUCUGGAAGCAGCUCUGCGAUUCUGUUCAGGACAACAAGCUUCACGCCAUCCGCCAACUUUUUUCUAGGCCUGGAAUCAACAUCGACGCCUAUAUCAUACCUUCACAAGACGCCCACCAGAGUGAAUUCAUUGCUGAAUGUUAUAUGCGGAGAGCAUAUAUAUCGGGUUUCACUGGAAGUGCAGGAACUGCAGUUGUCACAAAGGACAAAGCAGCCUUGUGGACAGAUGGGCGCUACUUUCUGCAGGCAGAGAAGCAGUUGAGCUCUAGCUGGAUUCUUAUGCGAGCAGGUAAUUGGGGAGUUCCUACAAUGAGUGAGUGGCUCACCAGUGUCCUCCCACCUGGGUGUAGGAUUGGAAUUGAUCCUUUUCUUUUUUCUUCAGAUGCUGCAGAAAAACUGAAAGAGGACAUAUCUACAGGAAAUCAUGAACUGGUGUUUAUAUCCAAGUUUAACCUCGUAGAUGAAAUAUGGAGAGAAUCAAGACCACAGCCUCCAAAAGAACUAGUUAGGGUGCAUGACCUAAAAUAUGCUGGUGUUGAUGUCUCAUCCAAGUUAAUUUCCUUGAGGUCUAACUUAAUUAGUGCGGGUUCAUCUGCAAUUGUUAUUUCAGUUCUUGAUGAAAUUGCCUGGUUGUUGAACUUGAGGGGGAGUGAUGUUCGGCAUUCACCCGUCAUGUAUGCGUAUUUGAUUGUGGAGAUUGAUGGAGCAAAGUUAUUCAUUGAUGAUUCAAAAAUUACACCAGAGGUUAGGGGUUACUUGAAUAGUGCAGGCAUCGAACUGAGAGCAUAUGAAUCCAUCAUUUCUGAAAUUGAAAGUUUGGCAGAAAAAGGAGCAAAUCUAUGGUUGGACAAAUCAUCUGUAAAUGCUGCUAUUGAAAAUGCAUACACGUCUGCAUGUGAUAGAUACUCUAGGAGCCUUGGAGGAAGGAAGGGAAAUAAGGGUGGCACCAGUAUGGACUCCAAUGGUGUUUCUAGGGAGCCCCAGGCAUUAUAUAGGAGCUCUCCUGUCUCUAUGACCAAAGCUGUGAAAAAUAGUGCAGAAUUAGAAGGCAUGCAAAGCUGUCAUCUAAGAGAUGCUGCUGCUCUUGCACAAUUUUGGGUUUGGUUAGAGGAGAACAUCUCUAAGGAUGUGAGCGUGAUGGAGGUAGAAGUUGCUGACAAACUUUAUGAAUUUCGUUCAAAACAAUUUGGCUUUCUUGACACAAGCUUUGACACUAUAAGUGGUUCUGGCGCGAAUGGUGCCAUCAUUCAUUACAAACCAGAGUCUGAUAGUUGCAGCAAUGUGAAUCAACAUGAACUUUUCCUUUUAGACAGUGGUGCUCAAUAUGUUGAUGGGACAACUGACAUAACUAGGACAGUGCAUUUUGGUGAACCAUCUUCACGAGAGAAAGAAUGUUUCACACGGGUUUUGCAGGGUCACAUAGCUCUUGAUCAGGCUGUCUUCCCCGAAAACACUCCGGGAUUUGUACUUGAUGCAUUUGCACGGUCAUCCUUGUGGAAGGCUGGCCUUGAUUACCGGCAUGGAACUGGGCAUGGUGUAGGAGCUGCACUGAAUGUCCAUGAAGGCCCACAAAGCAUUAGUUUCCGUUUUGGAAACACGACUCCUUUGGUACCAGGGAUGGUAGUCAGCAACGAGCCUGGCUACUACGAAGACCAUUCAUUUGGCAUUCGGAUUGAGAAUCUUCUUUAUGUCAAGGAAAUGAACACUCCAAAUCAUUUUGGCGGACUUAGAUACCUUGGGUUUGAAAAACUUACUUUUGUUCCAAUACAGACUAAAUUGGUUGAUUUGUUGUUACUCUCUGCUGCUGAGAUCGGUUGGCUGAAUAGUUACCACUUGCUCGUUUGGGAGAAGGUUUCGCCUUUACUUGACGGUCCUGCACGCGAAUGGCUGUGGAACAACACCAGGCCAAUCCUCGUCAAGCCCACUUGAUCCAUCCAUGUAAUCUAUACUAUGAAAACGUAACAGCAUUGUUUGUAAGUUGUAACCAAACACACACAGAGUAAUUAAAUUAUACUCCCUCGGUGCCAAAACUAGUGUGACACUUCUCAAAUUGGACUUCCUAAUACUAAAGGCCCACUUCCCUA